UAACGCCACAGAGAUGGAGAGGCGAACUUGUGUGUAAUGCGGACCAGUUGGAAAACACCUUUCGGUGGUUAUUGUAAAAUACGAAGCCCAUCUUUGCUGUUUCAGCCGGGCUGUGUUAUGGCGAGGACGUCGAAGAACUCUAGUUGAUGAAACAGGGCUGUGCCGAUCCGCGUGAAUGCGAAGCUAGCCAAGCUUUCAGCAAUGAAUGGCGUUCGACCCGUUCAACAGGACGUCAGCCAUGGGGAGAAAAAGAAGAGGAACUACAAGCUGCUCGUGGAUCCAGCGAUGAAAAAGGGGGCCGUGAAAGUCUACAGAUACGAUGGAGUUGUUCCUGGGCAAGAGAAUCUGUACCCACCUGUUCAAGUUCGAGAUCCGAGGUCUCGUCUCACAUUGCUGUGGGCGAGAACCGAAGUGGCAGAUUUGCCAGUUCCUAAGUUUAAGAUUGAUGAGCACUAUGUGGGUGUACCACCACCACUGGAGGUGACCCUCACCAAUCUUAAUGACAACAUUGGCAAAGCGUUCCUGGAUGACCUCCUGAAGAAGUUUGGACAGAUUGACGAGUCUGUCGUCUACUACCAUGCACGAACGCGGAAACACCUGGGCUUGGCCCGUGUCAUAUUUUCCACCACAAAAUCUGCCCGCUACUGCGUUGAGAAGAUGCAUCUCUCCUCAGUCAUGGGCAAUAUCCUCAAUGUUUUCCUCGACCCUUUUGGUCGAGAGUGCCAGCGGCUCUACGAGGAGAUGUCAUCGGACCGUCCAAAGUUUCAAGAGCCAACACCUUUCAUUCCUGAUCCCCCUCCUCCUCCUACUCCGUCGCAGAUGCUACCAACACCACCACCUGCACCAAGAGUCCACCAUCCGUCUCCCGCCCCUCCCCCACCAUCUGACUAUGGCUACUCCAACCACUCAGAUUAUGGCUCGGGAUCGUACCGUUCCAACCAGUCAACCCCAAUGAGUUAUGACAGCGGCUACUCCUACUGCUCGUCGUCUCAAUAUGCAGCACCUUCCCAUUCUUGGGAUGUGAAUCACUCUGGGACAUCAUGGGGGUCCGAUGGAGUGGCCUGGCAGCAAGGGUCCGCGUGGGACCCCCACGCUGAUGCCAUUCCACCGCCCAAGCAGAGCCCUGCUCGCGAAAGCCUCGACAGCCGCAUAGAGCUCCUGUUGAAGCAGACGGAAGGUAGGGCCGGAUUUCUAGACACAGGUGCGCCGCCCUUUGCAAGUCCACCUUUCAGUGAAACCCUGGCUCCUCAGCAGAGUUCUCCGGUGCCGUCCACGCCACAAAGCUCCGACGGGCUGGCUGCGGUUUCGCUCCCGCCUCUGCCUCCCGAUUCUUCCCCACUGCCUCCACUGCCAGAAAGGGACGAGCUUCCACCUCCCCCACCUGAAGAAGACGACGAAGCCAUGGAGCUGCUGUCAACUCCACCAUCACCGUUUUUAUCACUGCAGGAGUACCAUCAUUGGGCUAGAAUAACGAGAGAGGCGAGGACAAGGGACCUUUCGGAUUCUGAGCUUGACGACCGUCGUGCUGAUGUGACCAUGCAGUCAAACGAGGAAACUAACCAGUCAGUGUCAAGCACGCGAGACUCAACACCAGUUCACGAUGAACUCCCAGAGCCAGCACAAGAAGAAGAUGCCACUGCAAACAACGCGGACGAUGACGACGACGAUCGUAUGUCACUCUCGUCGCUAAGCAGUGGUGAAGAAAAACUGCAAGUAAAUGCACCGCUGCCCGAACCCCCAAAUUCCAGCAUGUACCUCACCGAGGAGGCAACUGCAAGUCCAGCUGCAGUGGCUUACCCAGCAACACCAGAGACGUCGUCUGUGUAUGCACCUGUGUCAGCCUAUCCAAGCGCACACCCCAUGUAUCCGAGCCAGGAAGUGCAGAUGAUGGCACAGAUGGGCAUCUGGAAGCCUGGCAUGGGGUCGGGAGUCCAGUCACCAUCUCCACAUGCGCAGCAGCCACCGCUUCCGCCGUCGCCAAUUCGUUCUGGUUCGACCUAUGGCUACCACGGUAGUGCACCGGCACCCGCUACUGCCGCUGUCCACCCUCCGCCGCACAUGCCAGCCUACAAUCCGCUCUACCCGCCACCGCCACUGCCCCAUUACAGCUCAGCAUCAACGCACUCUCAUCCCUACCCACCUCACUACUACCCAUCGUCAUCUACGCCCGCGCAGUAUGGCCGUGUUGACUACUCGGCAGCCCGGAUGCCACCGUCACCUUACAAGUGGUACAACACUAUGGCACCAAUGCAACGUGUUGGCUUUGCCAGAGCAAACAGCCCUCCCUUGCCUCCCGGCACGAUGAGUACAGACCCCAAUGCACCCACAGUGCGUGCCGUGUUAGACGCCCUGGUGGUGGAACUGAGGGAAAUUGUGAAACGGGACAUCUGUAAGCGCAUGGUGGAAAGCUACGCAUUCAAGCGCUUUGAAGUUUGGUGGGACGAACAGGUUUCUGCUGCAUCUAAGUCAAAGACUUCUGAGGUCACGCUGAAAAAUGAAGCGACGAGCAGUCAGACUGUUUCAUCGUUGUCGUCGCUAUUUGAUGGUUCGAGAAACGAGUCCAGCUUCUCCAUGGGCGACAGCUUUGGUUCCGGUUUUGGAUUUGGCCUUCGAGCGGCCAUGCCCCGAAUGCCAUCGUUCAGGAGAAUACGAAAGCCGCCCUCACCGCCGCCUCUUGACGAUGAAGAUAGCAGAAAGCCUGGUGAUUCAGAUUUGGAGUUUGAGCAAAUAUCGGAUUCUGAAAGUGAUUCUUCUAUACAACGAAGGCCCGUUAUUGAUGAGGAACCAAGCACACAGGAGAGUGACAGCGACAAGGCAGAUUCAGAUUCUGAGUCGGAGUCUGACGAGAGCUCAGAGUCCGACAGUAGUUCGGAAGGUGAAGAUGAUGAAGGGUCCUCUUCAUCGUCGGAGUCUGCAGAAUCCGAUUCAGAGUCUGAAGUUGAGAAAGCCCAGAAGGCUGCCAGCAGCGAUGAAGAACUCUCCUCUUCAAAGCCAACAGGAAAGGGUUCACGAAUCCUUUUAGAGCUAUCUGCAUCAGACAUAUCGGAAGAUGAAGAACCUUUGUUGAGUGCAGGAAUUGUACAGCUAAGUAAGGAGCCUCAGGACCAGCGAACAACAGCUGCUGUAGAGGCUUCCCCAUCCUCUGCAGUUGAAGACAUAAAGAAUGAAGUCUCCGAUCUCGAAGACAUCGAGCUCCCACCCACUCCUCUUUUUGACGAACGGGAGGAAGAGGAUGAAGGACCAGUAUUAUCUCCUCCUGAGGUUGAGCGUGAUGAUGAGGACAUGAUGGACAAAGCCGAGCUGGCUGCUGAUGUUGCCCAAGAAGCACCAGUCGAAGAAGCCAAGAGCAUCAGUCCCAAAGAACCACCACCUUGCAACUUGGAAUACGAAGCGUCCGAAGCGCUCAUGGCCCUCGCCUCCAGCUUUGCCCCUCCCGACAGUGCGGAGGCAGAAAUGGCGAAGAAACCGGUGUCCCCGCCCCCAGUGAAAGUUGAGGAGGAAGGGCAGCCUCACCACCUUGUCAAUGGCGAUGCUGCAAAGGCAGCGCUGGUGAAGAACGAUGUUGUCCAAGGAGUGGAGCAGAUGGAUGUGGAGGAGGAUUCCACAUCUACCUACCUCAUUUCGGACCACUGCUACUGCCGGACCCAGCAAGCCGUCCAAGCAAAGGUGGAAGCAGCUCCUGUUAGCGACCACGUGUACGCUUCGGCACCUCUGCCGGUUCCUUCCGAACCUCCCCCAGCCCCAGUGGCCGUCACACCUCCUCCUAUUGAACAGCGGUUAUCACCGCCGCCCACGGCCACGCCAUCACCACCACCGCCCGUGAAAACGAAACCGAGGAAAAAGAGGAAGACGAAAGACGAGUCUAUCUGCGACCAGCUCAUGUUCGACAUGCCGCUCGAGCCGAUUACCAAGCUCUCUCGGGAGGUGGCGUUUGCUCGACGUAAUGUGGUGGAGGAGAUGAACAUCCUCUACGAGUUCCUCCGGACAGGAGUAGACCUGGAAGACGUUCAGUACCUCAAGCGCAGCUACGACGCCAUGCUACAGGAUGAAGUGCAAGGGUACUGGCUCAAUGACACGCACUGGGUUGACCAUCCGCCGACCAACAUACCAAACCCGACUAAGAAGAAAAAGAAGGACGAGGCCCGAGUGCACGUGACGGGCUGCGCCCGCAGCGAAGGCUACUACAAGAUGGACGUCCGGGAGAAAGCACGCUUCAAGCAGUCUGGCAGCGCUGUGCCUCAGCUAGAGACACAGGACCCCACCAGCAAAGCUCGACUUGCCGCCCAGUCAAGCAGAGAAGCACGGUCAAACCAGAGGAGGUUACUAACCUCAUUUGGGGAAGCCGAAGUGAUUAGCGACUUGCUCAAGUUCAAUCAGCUGAAGUUCCGCAAGAAACAACUCAAAUUUGCGAAGAGUCGCAUUCACGACUGGGGACUGUUUGCUCUGGAGCCGAUUGCGGCCGACGAGAUGGUCAUCGAGUAUGUGGGCCAGAUGGUGCGGCCCAUCAUGGCUGACCGGCGGGAGCAGUUCUACACGCAGAUCGGCAUCGGGAGCUCGUACCUCUUCAGAGUAGAUGUUGAAACCAUCAUUGAUGCCACCAAAUGUGGCAAUCUGGCCCGGUUCAUCAAUCACAGCUGCAAUCCAAACUGUUACGCCAAAGUAAUUACAGUGGAAGGGCAGAAGAAGAUCGUCAUUUACUCAAAGCAGCCCAUCAACGUCAAUGAGGAGAUCACCUAUGACUACAAGUUCCCUCUGGAGGACGAAAAAAUUGUGUGUCUGUGUGGAGCGCCCCAGUGCAGGGGUUUCUUGAACUGAAGUCUCAUCGGUGGUACAUUCAUCAUGUACAGUGUACAGCUUGCAUCUCAUCAUUCUGAUCGUCAUCUUCAUCAUCGCAUUGGUUGUGUUGGGAAGGAGGCCUGUUGUGGAACAGUGCUUGAAUCGUGUUCCCGAAACUUAUUGAAACAUUUCAUCGUGUUGGCAUUGUAUAGACCCCCUGAGCCGCCCAGAAAAACACGCGCAUGCACAAAUCAUAAUGUACAUAAGAGAAAAGUCAUAUUGCAAUGCAUUAACUUCUGUCUUGUUGUCUUUUUUCCCUUUUCUGUUACUCUUUGUACAUUCGUUAAACUCUGCACUUGUAAUAAAAGAAAAAGCUGCACGUUGUAC